AAAAAUGAUGAAAUUGAAGCGAAGGGUUUUGAAGAUUUGGCGAAAAAAUGGGAGAAGAAGUGAAGGUGAUUGCUACCCCUCAAAGCUUCCCUUGUGCAAGGAUUGAGUGGGCAUUAAGGAUAAAGGGUGUGGAUUAUCAGUAUUUCAAAGAAGAUUUGACAAAUAAGAGUCCUUUGCUUCUUCAAUCUAACCCUGUCCACAAGAAAGUUCCAGUCUUUAUUCACAAUUCCAAACCAAUCGCUGAAUCACUUGUCAUCCUCGAAUACAUAGAUGAGACAUGGAAGAACAACCCUCUGCUACCCAUUGAUCCUUAUCAGAGAGCACAGGCUCGCUUCUGGGCCAGGUUUAUCGAUGAGAAGAUAUUGUAUGGUGUGUGGGGAGCAACUGUGGCUGAGGGAGAAGAGAAGGGAAAGGCUGUGGAGAGUGCAUUAGAGUCAUUGGCAUUUCUUGAGAAGGAAAUUGAAGGGAAGAAGUAUUUUGGAGGAGAGAAGAUUGGUUAUCUUGAUAUAGCAGCUGGGUGGUUGUCUUACUGGCUCAGUGUUCUGGAAGAGCUUGGAGAGAUGCAACUUUUGAAUGCAGAGAGAUUCCCUUCUCUUCAUCAAUGGACUCAAAACUUCAUUCAGACUUCACCUAUCAAAGAUUGCAUUCCAUCUAGAGAAAGUGUUGUUCAGUAUUUCAGCUUUGGAAUCAACUACACUCGUUCCUUGGCAUCCAAUAAAUCUUCAUAGUUCAUGCAUACUUUAUGAUUUGUUUAUGUUGUUAGUAUUCGAAAUUGGAAUUGAGUUUUUCUUUAUAUAUGGUGUGCUUAUGUUAUCGUAUGUAAUCGUGUGUCAUCGAUGCGUGAUAAGUUUUAUUUGUAGUGUGGUUUCAUGUAAUAGUGCAAUUGUUGGUAAUUUACUAUGGGUUUCUCUUUAUAGAAAGAAAGAACUUUUAUUUAUGUUUUUUCUUGGAA